AUGGUACCUCUUCUUCGACAACAUACUACCACAACAAAUCCUUUCGGAAUUUCUCAUGGUGUGAGAUUGUUCAUCAUUUCCACACUCUUGAUACUUUUCUUCACAUUUCACCAGUUCAAUAAUGGCAAUAACAUGUUAUCAGAAACAGGAGUAACUAUCAGCAGUGUGCAUGCUGCUGUUGCUCCUUCCAUGAAUCCAUACUUGUUCCAAGACCAUACUCUCAUAAGACAAGAAUCAUCCAUUAAGGCAAGCCAUGUGAAUGAACAACAAUCUGAUUACAAAAGACCAGAUUCUGUUCUGUAUCAACAUUUGAGAGAUGCUAUAGACUCACAGAGUUCACAUAAGAGAAGUUUUCAAAAACAGAGAGCAACCUCUAACAUCAAAUUAAGAGUUAUUGGCGAUGAUGAUACUCCAACUCUCUACACAGGACCAAAAGAUGGAUGUGGUACUGCUGAUAUGCCAAUUGUUUUUACUGACUUGUGGUGCUCUAAAACAAAUCCAUUUGCUGGAACUCCUGAAAUAUUCUCAGAUGUUCAAGUUGUUAACAAAGGAGAAUUUCAGUACAAAUGUGGUGGAAUUGAUUCACCUUUAGAAGAUGAUUGUAAAGGUGUAGUUGCUAUUAGAGCUGUUGAUUCAAGUAAUGGACGUAAAUCCUUUGGCCGUCUCUUUCAAUUUUAUCAAAAUGGAAGAGUUGUCAUGGUUAAUACUAAAGAUUUCUAUAAUGGUGGUUUUACUAUUUAUUACAAGUAUCCUGGUUAUAGAGAACUAUUGAAAGGAGAAGUAUAUGGUUCAGUGACUGGUAUUGGAGAUGACCAAGAUCAAAUUGCCCUAGUUCAAGUAACUAAAUAUGGAAAGUUAAACAUUAAUGGAGUGUUUAAUUUUUAUCAGGUAGAAUUUUACAGAUAUUGGUUCUACAGUUUGGAUGAUAAUGUCAAACAAGUUCUGGAUUUGAAAAUGUUCAGAGAUACUCAAACUCAAAAUGUUUACUCUGUUGGUGUUCUCAAAAUUAUUGAUGACGGUCAAAAACCAAGAUAUCAACUCAUUUUCAUUAGAGGUACUGUAAUGCAUCAGAAUUACAUGACAGUUCCAUUGAAAUGGGAUGUAGAAAGUGAUGAAGAUUUCAGAAUUGAAACUUUUAUUCAUUUUGGUAAUUUUUCAAAGACAGCACCAAUGAGAAUUCAAGAAACAUUUUUUGAAAGAAAUCAUUUGGCUAAUUCAAGAUCUCUUAUUAUGAUAUACACUUCAAAGCAAGUUAGAAUUGUAGAGUUCCAAGAUUCUUAUAGAAAGAUUGAUUUGGUCAAUUCAGAUAAUUUAAAUACUUUUUAUCAAGCUCCUGAGGGAUCUUCCAUUACUGUUGCCUAUCCAAUUCUUGAUAAAUUGAGAAAGCCAAUCAAACUCUCUUUGCAAACUACAUGUGAGAAUGUAGAAUUUCCACCUUCUCAAAAUUUAUAUAUUGGUCUGGGCUUGAAGAAACAAGGUGAAACAAACGAAAGGUAUUCCUUUGUUUUACAUCACAUUCCAGAAUUUGUCAAUUAUAAUUUUAACUUCAAUGAAGGAAACACAGCUAAUAGACCACAAACUUUCAAUUGUGGAGCCAAUCAACAUUCGAAUAAUGGUAAAUGUUUGGACAAUAUUCAAACCAUUACUGAAAUGAAUGAUGAAGUUGAAAUUAUCAAAUCAAGUUUCAUGGACAUUAAUCAAACAAUGAAUGGUAUUUCUGCUUAUAACGAAACUAGACACUUGAAUCCAUCUGUCAUUUGCCAAUUUGACUAUCUGAAAGGAGGACAAAUUGACACUGAUCAAUGUAUGGAAGAUGCCUCAAAAGCCAGAUGCGAAAUUGACAUUUUCACAGGAGCAUUCACUCAACAGGAAGAUUUAUUUACCUUCUUCUUUGGUUACUGGCAAGAAAAUAUUUACAUUUCAAUGAAGAAAAAUGUGCAAGUUCUUGCAAUUUCACUCAAUUUAACCUCAUCCACUCCUGAUGAUCCUUCCUUAAUUGAACAAGGAUACGUGGCCAUGACCAAUAAUGUUAAUGAUUUCUUAGCACUUGGAAAGGUAAUUGAUUUAUUCGUUUCAGAAAACAAUCAAUUCCUCUUCCUUUCCAUUACUAGAAAGAGAUGGGAAAUUGAAGCCAAUGACAGAUUCAAACUUGUCUGUGAUACUUUAAAGACAGAUCCUGAUAAUGUCUUUUUGAAAUCAUUCUCAGGUGCAUGUAAUCAAGCCCCUCCACGAGAUUUCAAUGAAAAUCAAUUUGCCAUGUUAUCAAGCUCAUGUUUGAGAGGUAAUUUGUGUAAUCUCUUCAGAAGCACAUUGGUAGUUCCGUAUACUUUGACAAAUCCAGGAGAUUUCAUUUAUAGAUCGCUUACUAGAAUACCAUGUCUUGUGGAGAGCUACUGUUUGUCUGGAAUUAGAAUUCCAUGUCCAAGUGGUUACAUUUGUCCAUACAUUCAAAUGCCAUAUCCAUUGAUGUGUGAUGGAGAAUUUGGAAAACAAACAUGUUUCGGCAGUAGUUUAUGGAGAAGUGAGGAUUGUCCAGAUGGCACCAUCUGUACAACAAAAUAUGAACGUCCUUUACCAGUUCCUCCUGGUUACUAUAUUAAGAAAUUGAAGGUUGGUGAUACUACUCCAUAUUUCACUGGAAUUGAAUCAUGUAAGGAAGGUGAUUAUUGUAACAUGGCCAGACAAGUAGUUAUUAUGGAAAAUGGAACAACCACAGAUAAUCUGGAUUGUCCAGAAAAUACCUAUUGUUUAAAUGAUACAGUUAUUGAACCAUCUCUCUGUGAAUUCAAGAAUGAUUCUAUGGAUUAUUGUCCACCUGGAUCCUACAAGAAGUCACUCUGUCCAGCAGGUUUCUACUGUGAAAACACUCAUACUAUUAGAAACUGUUCAGAAUCUCAAUAUUGUCCAGAAGGAUCCUUCACCUACAAGCUGUGUCCAGAAUCUUACUAUUGUCCAAAUGCCAGUUUGAAAAUCCUAUGCCCAGCUGGUUAUUAUUGUCGUGAGGGAAGUAUCAAACCAACUGGUUGUUCAUUCUUUUCUAAUUGUCCAAAAGGAACAAAAAGUGAUAGAAUGGAAUUUGGUGGAUUGGCCAUGGUUGUCAUUAUCAUGAUUAUUAUUGCAAUUAUUUAUGUUUCUUAUGAAGCUGCUUUCAGAUUUUAUGUUAGAUAUAGUUUGAAGAAUGUUAAGAAACAUAAGAGAACUAAAUUGUUCUUGAAAGAUGUUAAUGAAAAUUCAAAUUUGUUGGCAAGUGACAAACCGUCUGGUUUUAGAACUAAUCAAUUUACUGUUGAUAUUGGUUUCAAGGAUUUGGGUCUUACAUUGAAAGGUUCUGGAAAGAGAGUUUUGGAUAGUGUCACUGGUGAAAUUAAACAUGGCAAAUUGACAGCUGUCAUGGGUUUAUCAGGAGCUGGUAAAAGUACUUUCAUUACCACACUCUCAAAUCGUGCCUAUUAUGGAACUCAAUUAGGUCAAGUAUUCGUCAAUGGAAAGAGAGACAACCUUUCGAAUUACAAUAGUAAGCUAGGUUUCGUCCCACAAGAUGACAUUAUGAUUAGUUCUUGCACAGUAGAAGAAACUUUAUAUUUUUCAGCAAAGACCAGACUUGAUGCAAGUACACCAUCUAAGGAAAUUGACGCCAUUGUCAAUGAUGUGAUUCAUGUUUUGAAUUUACAAGAUGUUAGACAUGCCAUAAUUGGAGAUCAAGAAAAACGUGGAAUUUCAGGAGGUCAAAGAAAGAGAGUUAAUGUUGGCAUUGAAUUGGUUGCUUGUCCAAUUGCAGUCUUCCUUGAUGAACCUACUUCUGGUUUGGAUAGUAGUUCAUCUAUGGAAGUCUGUCAAUGUUUACAAGAAAUUGCCAAAUCAGGAAUGACAGUUAUUACUGUUAUCCAUCAACCUAGAUAUGAAAUAUUUAACAUGUUUGAUAAUUUACUAUUGCUAGGAAAGGGUGGUAAAACUAUUUAUCUUGGACCUGUCACACGAGUUGAAGAAUACUUUGAAAAGGAAUUAGGAUUUCCAAAACCUAAUGGAACUAAUUUGGCUGAUUUUGUAAUUGAUGUUUCUGCAGGUUUAGUUCCAUGUCAGAAAGAUAUAGAGUUUGAACCUAUCUCAUUACCAGAAGUUUGGGAAAUGAAGAAACACUUAUACGAAGAAGAAACAACAACCGAAACUAGUAGCGAAUCUUCAAUUAAUGAUCAACCAGAACAAGUUCAAUUCAAAAAUCCAAGAUUUUCCUAUUUUGCUCAAUUCUGGAUGUGUUUCAAGAGAAGUUUCACUCAAAUUUUGAGAACUUUGCCAAGUUUAAUUUUGGACUUUUUCUUAAUUUUCCUUUGUUCAGCAUUCUUGGGUCUUGUUUACCAUAAUAAGGUAUAUGUUGGUCCUCCACCAAAGGGAAUUUAUGAAUUAUGUCCAAGUGGUUUACAAGAAAUUUGUAAACAACCUGUUGAUGAUCCAGUUGCUGCCACAUCUUCACUCAUGACACUUGGCAUGGCUUUGAUGGCUGCCAUGUCAGCACUCAGAGCAUUUGGUAAGGAAAGUUUAAUUUUCAAUAGAGAAAGUCAAACAGGAUUAAGUACCUUCUGUUAUUUCUGGGCUAAAGAUUUAUCACUUUUCAUUGUAAACUUGAUUGCACCAAUUGUCUUUUUAACAAUUUAUUACACUGUAGUUUCACCAAGAGCACCAGUUUAUGAAUAUUAUUAUGUUCUAUUACUAGUUUAUUGGACAUCAUAUGGUUUAGGAUAUCUAGUUUCGAUUAUAGUUCAACCAGGAAUAGCUCAAUUGACUGCUGUUGUUUUAGUUUUCAUAUUUAACACAUUCAGUGGAUCAACAACACCUCUUCCUUCAUUGAAAGCCAUGUCAUUCCCUAUCAAUAUCAUGCCAUGGAUAUCUUUCCUUACCUACAGUCAUGAAAAUGCCUAUCUCAUUGAAAUUACCAAAUAUAGUGAUAUCUAUGACAUUUCAACAAGUUUGAAGAAUAUGGGAUAUGAAGAGAAUGAAUUGGGAAUGACCAUUUACAUGAUGGUUAUCUUUGGUUUAGCUUUCAGAAUUUCAGCAUUUAUUGCACUUGUCUGUGUGAAACCAUCAAGUUAUGUCAAUUUGGCCAUUAAUGCAACUCAGAAUUAUUUCUCAACUGGAUUACGUCAUGCAGUUAAAUGGCUCAAGAAUAGAAUGAAAAGCAAAUCCUCUGAAACAGAGUUUGAUUAUGCCUAAAUCAUUACAAUAAAAAUAUAUCUCUAUUAGA